AUGGCGUCCGGAAGUUGGAAUAUGAAAGCUUUGGAGGAGGAGGUGAUGAGAGUGCAGGUAGCAGAAGAAGAGGAGGAUGAGGUAGCGAUUGAGGAGAGGGAUGAAGACGAUGGGAUCGAUGCGAGAUGGUGCUUAGUGGGCAGAUUUUUAUCAGAUAGAGACUUCGAUUUUGAAACAAUGCAGAAUGUACUUGCUUCACUAUGGAAACCAGGCAUGGGCAUGUUUGUCAAGGAACUACCACCAGACAGGUAUUUGUUUCAAUUUUAUCAUGAGGUGGACAUCCAAAGGGUGAUUACAGGGAGCCCUUGGACAUUUAAUCGGAUGCAAUUGAUACUGGCCAGAUUGAAAGAGGGGGAGAAUCCACAGGAGAUAAUGUUGAAUAAGUUAGACAUCUGGGUUCAAGUUUUCGAUUUGCAACCUGGUUGUAUGUCGAAUAGUGUUCUUCGUAAUAUAGCCAAAGUAAUGGGGCAGUUUGUGGAGUCGGAUCCUAAGAAUUUUUUGGGCGUGUGGAGGGAUUACUUCAGAGUGCGGGUGACCAUCGACAUCAAUAAACCAUUGAGAAGGCGUAUGAGACUGACAAAGCCUGAUGGAACAACAUUUUGGGCUACUUUCAAGUAUGAAAGAGCGCCAACCUUUUGUUUUAUAUGUGGAAUCAUUGGCCAUUCAGAAAGGUUUUGUGUCAAACUUUUUGACAAGCCACUAGACCAAAUUGUUAAGCCUUAUGGGGAGUUUAUGAGAGCCAAAUUCCAGAACCGAAAGCAAAACAUUGGUGCGAAAUGGCUUAGAACUCGAGGGUGGACUCCAGGGGCGGUGGUCGGAGAGAGCAGUGGUGGAUCGUUGGAGAAUCAUAUGGGAGAGACCAAUAUGGAAAGUGACAGCCAGGGAGAGGAAGGUGGCAAUAAUCGUGGAGAUAAAGGUGGAGAAAAAGAAGCUAAUUUGAAUCAGGAGGUGAUUUUGCAAGAUUCUAGGAAGACUAAUAAGGAAAAUAAUCUCAGUGUAGAGAUCUCUGACUCACAAAUGGAGGAAUCAGCUACACAACAAUUGGAUGGGAAUGUAUUAAUACUGGAUAAUAAAAGGAGAAAGUCAACAGAGGCUUUGGAAAAGGAAGCUUCGGUGGGCUUGGAAAGUGUUGGGCUUUCAAAAAACUCAAAUUUGGCGGGCUUCUCAUAUGGGGCUCGCCCAACAUUAUGA